CUUCGAUUGGACCAGCCCUCGACAGCGUGGCCUCAAGAUUGGUCGGUUUGUGCUCCUCUCCCCUCCCUCUUCGAGGCUUCCGCUUCCGGUUCUGACGGACGCCUCGGCCGUAACGAUGAUCGGGGACAUCCUGCUGUUCGGGACGCUGCUGAUGAACGCCGGGGCGGUGCUCAACUUUAAGCUGAAAAAGAAGGACACGCAGGGCUUUGGGGAGGAGUCGAGGGAGCCCAGCACAGGUGACAACAUCCGGGAGUUCCUACUGAGCCUCAGAUACUUCCGCAUCUUCAUUGCGCUGUGGAAUGUCUUCAUGAUGUUCUGCAUGAUCGUGCUUAACAAAUCUAAUCGGAUUGGUUUUCCUCCCAGCAGCGGGGCCUUAAUUUUGAUUCUGCUAUUAAUGAAUUGUGAGACUCCUAGUAAACAGACUCGGGAAAAACAGUAGGAGAAUCUGGCAUUUUGUCCGUGCUGGGCUGGUCCCUUGCUUCACCCUAAAGAGGGAGAGAAGGAAAAUCGACUGUCCGGAAUAAUUGAGAUGUUGAAUUUAGGGUUGCUGGGGGGACCUUGUGCCAGUCCAGUGGCUGUUAGGGAUGGAGUUAGGACUUAGGAGAUGGGGGGGAGUUCACUGUGCCACUGGAAAGUGUUUUAGAACCCAGAAUGAGGACCGCAGUGUAUGCCCAGAGAGGCCCUCUUCGGGAGCUCGGUUGAGGCCUGUCCGGGUACAAAGAGGGCUCGUGAAGAGCUCAGGGGAUUUGCAGAAGAGCAUGGGAAGCAUAACUACGAUUCACAGGAGGUAGAACAGUGUUGGGGGUGCUCCUCCAGCCUUGGUCUUUCCACGUUCCCACCUAUUCAUUCAUUCAUUCCUUCAUUCCUUCACAACUAUCCAGCACGGGCUGUGCCUUGGGCUUAUAGCUGAGACCAAGACAGCCAUAGUCCUUGCCAUCAGUGAAUGCACACGGUAUAGCAGAUGGGACAGGGACAGAAAACAAAUAAAUAGGAAAACCUCACUCAUGAGGCAAAUGGGAGGCUCUCAGUUUGGGAAAUGGUCGGGAAGAACCUCUCUGAGAAGUGCUGUGUAAAUCAACACCUAAAGAACGAGAGGCAGCCUUGCCAUCUCCAGAACCGAAGAGAAGCACAGGAGCACCGGACGUAGCACGCGCAAAGGUCCUGGGGCAGGGGCGAGCUCGGUGUGUUUUUAUCAUUUUGUUCUUUUCUGUCCAGCAGCUUCAUCAUCCUUCUCUCCUAGCUAGCUUCCUUUACUGCUCCUCUGCUGGCCGGUGACCAGGAUGGUAGUAGCCUCAGGCUCUGUGACGUCCCAGCUUAGCCCAAGGCCGGCUUAGUCUGUAGCCUAGUGUGCUGAUUCUGCUUCCUGAGAGCAGAGCCUGAUUGACCUAGCUUGGUGUCACCCAGGUCCUACUAGAUUGGGGUUGUCCUGGUGCCAGCAGAAUCACUUAGGUUGAGUCAGGGAACCACAGCCCUUGGGCCGUAUCUAUUUCCUGGUUUUCCUGAUGUUUUAUUGUCAUGCGGCCACACCCAUUUCUGUGACUGCUUUUGGUUACCGUGGAGUGCUUGAAACCUUGUGAUGGAAACUGCCUGGCCUGCAAAGCCCAAACUACUUAGAGUGCCACUUGCUACACAGGGAGUGUGCCGACCCCUGACCUAGGCCAGCUCUUCCAGUAGGGUCCACAGGGAGGGAAGAUCUUUUUCAGAAAGGGCUCUGUCAGGGAGGCAGGGACCGGUUUUCCCAGAAUAUUAAAAAACUGGAAAUCACCUCGGCUCCGGUCGUCAUCCUGGGGUCGUGGGUUCGAGCCCCGCAUCAGGCUCUGUGCCGAGCCUGGAGCCUGCUUCAGAUUCUCUCUCUCCCUCUGCCCCCCUCCCCCACUCAUGUACUUGCUCUGUCUCUCAAAAAUAAAUAAGGCGUUAGAUGUGUUCAAAGUAACAAAGGCUUUUUAAAUAAUAAAAGCUGCUCUACUUUUGCUACAAAAAAAAGAAAACGAAACAAAACUGGAAAUCCCCUAACUGUCCAAGAACAGGGGAAUAGUCAGGUAAUUCAAAGGACGCCCGUACGACCGUUAUGCUACCGUCACUGAUGGUGUGGUAAAACUUCUGUCUACACAGGGGAGUGUUUUGAAAGUAAAGGCGGCUGGAUGUCACUUAAAUGCACACUCUGGCCUCAGUUGUGAUAAACAUUAAAUAAAUGCCUGAAGUGUGUGGGGAGACUUCCAGGCAGGGAGUUGGACGGAUCUACUCCAGGCUGUCCGCAGACGUGACCAUGCUCAGAGGUGACCAUGCUGUGACCGCUGACGAGGUUAACAGGGCCUGAGGGGAUGGUUCACAGUUCCCUGCACCCACUUCUGUAUUGCUUGAGCUGAGCUACUUUGGAAAUUUUAAAAAGGCAUGAAAAACUUGAAAUACAGAGAGAAACGUGCCUGAAGGUUUAGGGACCGAGAGUAUUACCGUCUGCAGCUUAACGUGGGAACACAUCAAAGAUAAGGGAGACAGAUUGACAGGUACCCUGUACAACAGAGUGUUAAUUGCAGAAUGGAGGUGGUGUAUAUGUGGGUGUUCACUGAACCGUUCUGUUAAGUCUUCUCUACGUUGCCAUCUUCAUACUGAAGUAUUGGGGAGAGGAAGACCCCAAUUCUCGAGGGAGAACAAGGAUGAAUAAGUACAAAAAAAGUGCAAGUUGGUGUUCACAGCUCAGUGUUUUGUCGUAUAUUCACAGGGUUGUGAAACCACCACGGCCAUCUAAUUCUAGAACGUUUUCAUCACCCCCGAAAGGGAAACCUCGGACCCAUUAAGCAGUUCCUGCCUGUCCUCCCCUCCCUCCAGCUUUCUUUAUGGAUCUGCCUGUUCUGGGUAUUUCACAUAAAUGGAAUCGUAACAGUGUGUGGCCCCUUCUGUGUCUGGCUUCUUUCACUCAGAGUGAUGUCUCGUAGGUUCCGACAUGCCGUGGCAUGUCAACACCGCAUUCCUUUCUGUGGCCAAAGAAUAGUCCAUUGUAUGGCUGCGCCUCGGCUUGUUUUUGUAUCCAUCCGUUGAUGGCUAUCUGGGAUGUUUCCAUUUUUCGGCUGUCUCCAACAUUGUUGAUACAAACAUUUGCGUCCACGUUUUCGAGGCUGUCUGGUAAAUACCGAGGAGUGAGAUUGCUGGGUCUUAGGGUCACUCUAUAUUUAUCCUUUUGAGCUUCUGCCAGACUAUUUUUUAAAGUCGCUGCAGUAGUGUGCCUUCCCACCAGGAGCGUAUGAUGGUUCCAGUUUCCCCACACCCUUGCCAACGCUUGCGAUUGUCGGUCUUUUUGAUGAGAGCCUUGAUGAGAGUCGAGCCCUCUUAGCGGAUGUAAGGGUUGAUUUGCAUUUCCCUGAUGGUGAAUGACGUCGAGCGUCUUGUCAUGUGCCUAUGGGUCAUUUGUAUAUCUUCUUUGGAAAAAUGUGUAGAUCCUUUGUCCAUUUCUUAGUUGAGUUGUAAGAGUUCUUUUUAUAGUGUGGAUCCCAGUCCCUUAUCAGAUAUGUGAUUUGCAAGUAUUUUCUCCCAUUCUGGGAGUUGUCUUUUCAGUUUCUCGAUGGUGUCCUUUGAAGCACAAAAGAAAUCUUAGUUUUGGUAGACUCCAAUCUAUUUCUCCUUCUGUCACUUGUGCUUUUUGUGUAAUAGCUAAGAAAUUGUUGCCUAGCCCGAGGUCAUGGAGAUUUAAGCCUAAGUUUUCUUUUCUUUCUUUUUUUUUUUAAGUGUAUUUAUUUAUUUUGAGAGAGAGAGCAUGCAAGCAGGGGAGGGGUAGAGAGAGAGAGAGGGAGAGAGAGAACCUCAAGCAGGCUCCACGCUGUCAGCGCAAAGCCCGAAGCAGGGCUCAAACUCGCAAACUGCAAGAUCAUGACCUGAGCCAAAAUCAAGAGUCAGAUGCUCAACCGACUGAGCCACCCAGGCACCUGUAGGCCUAAGUUUUCUUUUAAGAGUUUUCUAAUUUUAAUUUUAAUAGUUAGGUCUGUGAUCCACUUUGAGUUAAUAUUUGUAGAUGGUGUGAGGUAGGGAUCCAGCUUCAUUCUUUUGCAUAUGUUGUAAUCCAGUUGGUCCUGCACUUUCUGUUGUUCUUUUUUUCAAAAAGUCUUCUUAUUUUGGAAAGAGUUUGGAUUUAUAGAAAUGUCGUAAAGGUAACAGAGUUCUGUGUGUGUGUGUGUGUGUAUUUUAAGUUUAUUUUCAGAGAGAGUGCAUGCGUGCACACACAUGAGAGCAGGGAAGGGGCAGAGAGAGAGGGAGAGAGAAUCCCAAACACGCUCCGCACUGUCAGCACAGAGCCCAAUGCAGGGCUCGAACUCAGGAACCGUGAGGUUAUGACCUGAGCCGAAAUCAAAAGUCAGAUGCUUAACCAACUGAGCCACCCAGGCAACCCCCGUACCAUAUAUAUCUUUUUAACAGCCCUGUGGUUUUCCCCAGUAAACCUCUAUCAUAACUUACAUACCCAUUCUCAACUUCAUGGACAUUUGUACAGUUUCCAAGCCUUCCCUAUUCAGGAUUUCCUUCACUGGAAUAACGUUAAUAUCUUUUUUUUUUUUUUAAUUUAUGAAAGUCAUCACUGACUGGCAGUAAUAGAGAAUGGGCUAAAAUGUUACAGAUUCUGAUGAAGUAGAUACUUUGUUAAAUAGCUUUCUUCUUUUUAAAAUGUACUGUUUGGGGGCACCUGGGUGGCUCAGGCGGGUAAGCUCCAACUUUGGCUCAGGUCAUGAUCUCACACUCCGUGAGUUCAAGCCCCGCGUCAGGCUCUGUGCUGACAGCUCAGAGCCUGGAGCCUGCUUCGGAUUCUGUGUCUCCCCCUCUCUCUUCCCCUCCCCUGCUCAUGCUCUGUCUCUGUCUCAAAAAUAAAUAAA